AUGAUCGCAUCAUACUUCGGCCCGUGUUGGAUUGAUGAACUACACGAUUUCACUGGUGGAAUCUUUAUGUACUUCAUGCGACAAUCUUUACUUUGGUCAGCCAAGGCACGAACAGAUAUCAUCUUAUACGAUGCCAUUUCCGCCAUAAAAGCUCUGGAUGGCGAUACAUCAUCCACCAACUUCACCGCUCUAUCACACCCAUCCACUAACAGUAUGACCCUAGUUUCAAAUGAUCCCAGUUGGUGGCCGUCCAUUAAUGCAUUUCGUAUUUCCAGCUAUUUUCUAGUUGCAACCUUUGCUGGGGUGAUAUACGACUGGGCACUGACGUUCGGACAAGAGGUCGAAUUGAUCUGGAGACAACGCUGGUCUCUCAUGACUUUUCUGUAUCUUAGUGUGCGCUACGUUGGAAUAAUAUAUGCUGCCCUCAGCGUACUAGGUGUUAUUAUGAGCGUCGCACAAAAUGCGAUAAGUGUCGUCGUAAAUGUGAUGCUGGGCGUCAUCAUCAUUGCUCGCUUACAUGCCAUGUAUCAGCGAUCCAGGAAGGUUCUGAUACUUCUCGUUGUCGUCUUCUUGGCUGUCAAUAUCACCGACGGAGUGGUCACCGUGAUAGUAAUGAGGCAUAUUUCAGCGGAUGUCCUCAUUCUCUCUGGCACCUACCAGUGCAUUAUUGAUUUCCAGGGAGGUAGCUUAAUUCUGGAUACCAUCACUUGGAUAAUCGGCGCUGUAUGGGAGGUCCUCGCGUUGUGUCUUGCAGUCUGGAUUGCCAUAAAACACUUCCGUGAACUGCCACGAAAUUUGACAGGGGGCAUUAUCGGGGACUGUUUCACGGUGUUGAUGAAAACCCACGUGGUUUACUUUGUGGGCUUUGUUGCUCUUUCUGGCUUCAGCCUCGCUUAUGCGUUUUCAACGAUGUCAGCGGACAUAUAUUCCCUCGGAACUCAGAUUUAUCUUGGUGUUCUUCAAAUUUUUACAGUCGUGCAGCUGUUUGUUCUGGGACCACGCCUGAUCCUUAGCGUUCGAGAAUAUAACGCUAAGCUCGUGGCCGACUCCGACACAGGAACCGCCAUGACUUCAAUUGCUUUCCAGGAGCGCGUGCAUGUGUCAACUAGCAGUAGUGUGUAG